AUGGAUACUAGUGGUGACGACGGCGGUCCGACUUCCCCGUCUAGCUCUGGACGUGUCGAUCUUUCAGUAUCUGCUCCAGCAGCAUCUUCAGCACCAUCAUCUGCAAUGAAUGGAGCAUCUUCACUUGUAAAUGGCCUUGAAGAUAGUGAGAAUGACAGCGACGGUGGGGACCGGAAGCGCCGACGUUUGCGACGUGGAGAUGCUCGACCAAAUCCAACCACGUCAACUGAUAAUGUAAAUGAAAAUGAGACAGAUGAUGUCAGUGAGUUUGUUGUGGAUGACAUGGAGCAGGAGGAAGAUGAAAGAGAGGAUGACUAUGGAGAACAGGCGGAAGAGCUGGACGAAGAGAUUAUUGAUGAACUUGAUAUUCAAGAGCGCGAGCGACAAUACUUUAGUGAAGACGAUUUGGAUGAUGAUAUAGAUGGUGAAGACCUUGGCGAGAAUGCAGAGAUGGACUAUCGCAAGAUGGAGACGCUAGAUCGUUAUGAUACGACAAUGCUGGAUUCAAGGCAGUAUGAUGACAUGGAUAUCGAUACGAGACGAGCAGUAGAAGAAGAACUUAAUCGACGAGAUGCACGUCAAGGUCGUAUUGCUCAAGCAUUUUUAGAAGAUCAAGAGAUGGAGCAUGAUGAUGCACAUCGGAGACGAUUUCAACGACGAGUUGAAGGAGAUGAAGGAUUUGGUGAAAUGAAAGGAACACUUGACGAUGACGAAGAGCUGAUUAAUCUUGAACACUUUGAUGUACCAUUACGAGAGUGGAUUGCAACCGAGACCCCACGAAAUGAAAUCAAACGACGAUUUCGUAAUUUUCUCAAAACGUUUUCAGAUGGAAAGGGAAAAAUUGUGUACUAUGAAAAAAUCGUUCAAAUGGCUCAACGGAACGAACAAUCACUGGAAAUUGAAAUUGGGGAUGUUAUUCAUAGUAUGUCGAUGGUUGCAGCGUGGAUUGUAGAAGCUCCGAAGGAUAUGUUAGCAAUCUUGGACGAAGUGGCUCAAGAAGUUGUUUUGUCAUUGUUUCCGUAUUACUCGACAAUCCAUCAGCAGAUUUACGUGCGUAUCUUAGAUUUGCCAGGUACAGAGCGACUUCGUGAUCUACGAACGGCACAUUUAAACUUUUUGAUUAAAGUUACAGGUGUUGUGACUCGACGAACGUCUGUGUUUCCACAGCUUCAGCUGAUUAAACUCAACUGUCCUGGUUGCGGUGCUGUAUUAGGACCGUUUACACAACAGAGUCAGAAAGAAGUAAAGCUUAAUGCUUGUCCAGAGUGUCAAUUUCGAGGUCAUUUUCCUGUCAAUAGCGAGCAGACAGUUUAUCGCAACUUUCAAAAGAUUACAUUGCAAGAAUCGCCUGGUAGUGUACCACCAGGUCGCGUACCACGCUCCAAGGACGUUGUAUUGGUUGGAGACCUGAUUGAUAAAGCACGACCUGGUGACGAAAUUGCCGUGACGGGUAUCUACACAAAUACACCCGAUCCGACGCUUAAUUUGCGGGAUGGAUUUCCUGUUUUUCGUACAGUAAUUGAAGCCAAUCAUGUCGAGCGGCGUGCCGAUGUUCUAGGCAGCCAAUUAUUGACUGCUGACGAUAAGAAGCAUAUACUGCGUCUUGCUAAGCAGCCGGAUAUCGCGCAACGCAUCAUUAAUAGUAUUGCGCCGUCCAUCUACGGUCAUCAACAGGUUAAAACGGCGCUCGCGCUUGCACUUUUUGGGGGAAAACCUAAAUUUAUUAAAAACUCGCGCGUACGUGGCGAUCUGAACGUGCUUCUCGUGGGCGAUCCGGCAAAUUCAAGCAGUGACCAGGUUAAUGGUGAUUUUGGUAACUCUUGUGAUGUAAUUGGGAUUGGAAUUUGGGGGGUCGGAAUGGUGAUUGAAUACGCUGCCGAUUCCUCCAAGUCUGCCUUUCACGCCAACCCAAAGAACAAAAAAAAGUUGCUGCGUUCGGGACGCUAA